GUGAUGGUUCAGUAACGAUAGCUAUCAAGCACUCGAAUGUUGUUCAAUAUGAUGUUAAUGAUACUAAUGAUAGUUGGCUGUUCAUCUAAAACCGUUAUCGCUGACGAAGGUAAUUAUUAUAUUAAUAAAUCUUUUUCUUCGAUAACCCAAUACGAAAGAAUUGAAUUUUUAAUAUUUCACUUUACUACUGUAAAUGAUACCUACUCAUUGCAGUUAUUAACUCGAGGCAAUGUAAGUGCUCAUUACCUUAUUAUGACAAAUCCGAAAACAAAAAAUGACACCUUUACUGUAUUUAAUCUUGUACCAGAAUAUAAAAAAGCACGCCAUGCCGGCAUAAGCAACUGGAACGGAAAAACUAAUCUCAAUGAUGUAUCUAUUGGUAUUGAAAUAGUCAAUGAAGGCUUCACCGUUGAUAAAUUUGGCAACAAGAUUUGGCACAAUUUUAGAGAAGAACAAAUUUCUGUUCUUAUUUCUCUAUCCAAUGAUAUCAUAAAAAGAUAUCAAAUAUCACCAGAUAAUAUUCUGGGUCAUAGUGAUAUUGCCCCUUUAAGAAAGUACGAUCCGGGUAAACUUUUUCCUUGGGAGCGUUUAGCCAAGCUUGGCAUUGGUGCUUGGCCAAAUCAAACAAUAGUCAAGAAGUAUCUGGCGGGACGUUCGCCCAGUUCACCUGGUAAUGUGACAGUUGUCCAGAGAUAUCUGCAGAUUUAUGGGUAUGAUAAAAUACCACAGACUGGUUGGCUAGAUGAAGAGACACGCAGGACUAUUGGUGCAUUUCAACUUCAUUUUCGCCAGGAAGAUAUUAGAGGUGAGGCAGAUGCUGAAACAGAAGCUAUUGCAGGAGCAUUGGUUGAGAAGUACCGAAAGAUUACCUACUUGAUGGAUUAAUGUACUUCUAAGUACCUAUCUGCUUGGAUGUAUUUGUUAUUGUUUAAAUUGAGUCCAGAUUCAGAUAUUAUCUAUUUUUUGUUACUCCAGAAUGAUUAAACAGCACAGUCUGGAGCUCUGGAGAAGUGGAGAUGUAAGUAUACAUAGAUCCUUAUUUAUAAAAAAGGAAAUUAAAAACAGCAAUGACUAGAAAAAAUAAAGGAUACUUACUUGGUAUACACUCGUAACUAAGUUGAAUACGAACGUACUCUGUAUUAUUUUGUUGAUUCUUGAGUCUGUAAUUCUGAAUUUUUAUUCGUUCUUUUUAAACGGAAGAAUUAAAUACGUAAAUUAAAGGAACCAUUUACUCGAUCAUUUAUUUUCCCAUUAAAAAUAACAACACGAUAUCCGACAAUGAGCACACAGAUAAAAACACCUAAUUCGACAUAGGCGAUAAAAGCUAGUUUUGUAGUGGCUUGAAAGAUCGCACCACUAAAAACCAACACCCCUUCUCACUACAAAACAUUAAAAAAAUUAACAAUAAAAUAAUAAAACAAUAACAAUAAAAAAAAUUCAACAACAUAACAUAACAAUAGAUUAAGUAUAGGUAAAGUACCAAGAUAUCGAUUAAAUUAUGCGUAACAUUUUACAAAACUCCUUAAACUUAACAGGCACUAACCCCUUAGUAAAGCCAUCAGCCACUUGCCUAUCAGUAGGAACGUAACAUAAUUUAAUUUUUCCACCUAGUACCAACUCCUUUACAUACUUAAACCUAAUGUCUAUAUGCUUUGAACGUGUAGAUGACAUCGGAUUAUCGGAUAAAUCGAUAACAGACUGAUUAUCUUCGAAAACGACAACAGGAGGUUCAAUUUUGAUAUCCAAGUCAUUCAAAAUUUCAAGAAUCCAAAACAAGUUAUCAUGAACGAAAGUAGAUAACGAAAUGUAUUCCGACUCCGUAGAACUAAGAGCAAUACAUUUUUGUUUCUUAGAAUUCCAGGCAAUAACGUUUCCGAACAAUUUUACAACAUAGCCAGAGACAGAUUUACGUUCAUCUUUAUCGGAUGCCCAAUCCGCAUCAACAUAACACUCCAAAAUUGAACUCUCCUUGCAUCGAACAUACGUUAGCUUCACCUGUCUCGAAUGAUACAAAUAAAUAAGCACACGUUUUAAAUAAUUAAAAUGUUCAGCCGAAUAGGAGUUCAUAAAACGAGAUAAAUAGUUGACUGCAAAAGAUAUAUCAGGCCUCGUAAUUAACGACACAUAAAGCAAACACCCAACUAGUUGCCUAUAAGGUAAAUUUCCAUCAACCUCUUCGCUUUUCAAUAAAUUGAGAUCCUUCUCGAUAGGCGUAUAAAUAGGUCUCGAAUCUAAAAGUUCGAAUCGUUCAGUCACUUUCUCAAUAAACUUCGUCUGACUUAAGGUCAAUUUACCAUUAUCUACUUCUAUAUCGACACCUAAAAAACACUUUGCCACACCUAGAUCAACGACUGAAAAACGUUCGGAAAUUUUCUGCUUAAAAGAAGCAAUCAGCUGCCCAGAUUCGGAUACAAGAAAAAAAUCAUCAAUAUGGAUUAACAAAUACAGUACAUAAUCGCCUACUUUAAUCCAAUACAAACACGGAUCAAUCUUCGAACGAGUAAAACCAAGAACAUUAACAAGAAAAUCAUUCAAACAUUUGUUCCAAAUUUUCGGCGCAAUUUUUAAACCUUAAAUCGCCUUCAACAGUUUACAUACCUUCGAACGAUCAUUACAAAAACCAGGAGGUUGCUCCAUAUAAACAUCGUAAUUAAUCUCACCGUGAAGGUAAGCACUCGAAACGUCCAUUUGAUGGAUUAGAAACCCCUUCUGAGUUGCAAUCGACAGAAGUAUCUUGAUCGUUGUUGUAUUGACAACAGGCGAGAAAAGCUCUUCAGGAGCGUUCUUUUCGUCACAACCGACAGCUACCAAACGCGCCUUGAUUUUAUUUGGCCGUUCAGUUAACACCCAUUUAGACCGCAGAACUUUUACACCAGCAGGAUGCGGAACUAAUUUCCAUACAUUAUGCUGCUUCAUCGACUCGAUUUCUUGCUGCUUUGGGUAAUCCCAUUUGGGAUCGGACGAAUUUUCGGCGAGGUAAGCUACACAAUAACCAAUCGAAACUUCGUAAUCGCCAAAUCGAACAGGGUGUUUCCUUUCUCGACCACUACGCCGGAGUUGAGGUUCUUCGACAGUCGGUGAAAUUUCAGGAACAGUCUCUUCGUCGCUACUCUCGGAAUCAGGCGAUGACGUUCGUACAAAUUUCUCGUUCUCGUCAGGUAAAUCUGAGAAAAAUCGACUCUCAUCGAAGGUAACAUUGCGAGCUAUUUCAACUUGCCUCGUACGUAGAUUGAAAAUUCGAUACCCAAUAGGAGCGUAACCGACCAUGAUGCCUCUCUUCGAAUGCGAAUCCAGCUUUUGGCGUUUUUCUUUCGGUAUGUGAAUAUGGCUGACACAACCGAAAGGACGAAGCUUGCUGUAAUCGACUUUAUUUCCAUACCAUUCAGCUGCUGGAACUUUUCCCGUAGAGCUCGUUGGACAUCGAUUCAACGUGUAAUUCGCACAUAGCACAGCUUCAGACC